GGGCGCAUGCCUAAUAAUAGCAGCUCCGAAGACAUAUUGGCUUAUAUAUUAGCUACAGGUUAUCGUGCUCAUUAAAUACAAAUUUCUCAUCACUCUUACAGUUUGCUUUCACUUCCAUUGAACGAUUGAUUUGAACAAUGUAAACAUUGAGAGAUGAUUUAACAGUAAAACAUCCCGAUGACCAUGAUCAUUGCUGUGGGAGGCUUGUAUAUAGUGCCUCGUGUUUCCCACUAGUCGGGGCAAUCAAUAGUAUUGGACCUGGAGUAUAACACAACAGGAGUGUGUAUCAAACUGCUGGAAGCAUCACAACCUAAAGGAAAUAUAGAAUGUGACAGGAAGGAGAGGCUCUGUCCACCUUUACAAGGUGGAGACAAACACCCCCGGAAGUGGCACUUGUCCCCAGGUGUUUAAUUCAAUAGAGAAGUGCUAAUGGAGGGCCAAAUAAUGGACGGGUUUGCCGCCGUCAAAUCCAAAUUCCGACACUUAAUGAACGCUGCCAUUCCUGGACAUCAUCAACUUGUUAUAAUUGGCGUGGACGAAAGUGAUAUGGCCGAGUUUGCAUUCGAAUGGUACGGCGCCAACUUCCACAAACCAGGGAACAAGGUGCUGCUCCUCCAUUGUCCUGAGAACUAUAUCAACGCUACUACCAUGAGUCCUGGACGUGUGGUGGAAUUACAGAGGGAGGUGGAGGGCAAAUCGUGCGAUCUCAAACGGAAGUUCAUCGAUAAGGCCAACAAACUGGGGAUAGAGGCGGAGUUUAAAGUCGAGGCCGCCGAGAAACCCGGACAUGCUAUUGUGGAAGUGGCCACCAAGAAUGAAGCUGCCUUCAUUGUUACAGGGACUAGGGGAAUGGGCAAGAUCCGGAGGACCAUUCUGGGGAGCGUCAGUGAUUUUGUGGUCCAUCAUGCGCCCUGUCCGGUCCUCGUCUGUCGUCACAAAGAAAAGUAGAAAUCUCGGGGAUCUCUCAGUCAGGAAUUAGAACAGAUGCCAUGACCAACACGAUCUGUUCUACAUAAAUAUUGGUCUUAUUCUAACUUAAACUGGAAAUUAUAAGAAAAAAAUGAUGGUCGCUUCAGCGAUAUUAAUAGGCAUUUGCUUGAUACAAUGUAAAGUGUUGGAGAAAGUGUGUUUAUGGUAUUUUGUGAUGCAAUUCUGUCACAGCAUCAUGUUAAAUCAUGUAUCAACCAAUUAAUGUCAGAACGAAAGUGAAUUUUUGGAUGUACUGUCAGAGUCGUACACAUUAUCACGUGUAAGUGCGCAUGCGUAUGUGAACAAAUAUGUAUGUAAUAAUUAUGUAUAUUUAAUAAGUAUGUAAGGGCUGGAUCCGUUUGUUGUGAUAUCAGAUUAUCGUUGUGACGUAUUCAUGUUAUUGACCAAUCAGAACCGCUAUUGUGAUAUGUGGAUCAACGAGGACACACGCACGUGCUUAAUAGUAUGUUUGAUGUUUGUGGUGUGGCAACUUCCCUGUAAACAAAUUGGCCAGUAUUGUACCAUUCUCGACCAAACUUGGAAAUGGCUAGAGCUGAGGCUCUAUGCAAAUCAUACACAAAUAGGCAUGUUAUUUCACAUUCAUGACUUCACGGAUCAUAGAUGUAAAUUGGCUAAUCAUAGAGGUAAAUAAGUCAUUAUGAAUCACUUUUCUUUAGGUUAAAUGAUAUAGCUGUGUAAAAUUUGGUUAAUGUUGGUUAAGCCCUGUUCGUCGAGUGAGUGACGUCAAUACCAGUCAGAAUCAGGUAGAUUUGUUCUAGUACAUAUUACCUUAUACUGAUAUAUAUAUAUGGCCAUUCAAUGGCACAUGAUAUAUCUUACAAGCACGACAUUUUAGGAACCCACAAUUUACAGUGGUACUUACGGUAUGCAAACUUGAAAGAUUAUACAAUGGACACUGUCUUAACCGGACUCUGUUCAAUCUGGAUAUUUCUCUAAAUAAUUAUGUUAGGAGAAAUUUCUUCCUUAUCUAUGGUAGUUUUUACUGUUUCGUUUGAGCAGUGAUAAUAUAUCCAUGUUGAAUGACAAUAUUUUAGGAGUUUUAUCUACCGCUCAAAACGGUUCUCAAAUUAUUAUCCGUGGUCGUCGGGCCUUUAGCAACCAGCCCAUGUCUUUCUCAACUCCCUGGGAGCAUAGAGACGGAAUUCCCAUUACGGCGUUAACACCUUACUCGGGACAUUCUUGCAAUGCCAUACCACGUACUCAUUUACAGCGGAGUCCACUGGAACACAAUGGAGUAAAGUAUCUAGUUCAAGGAUACAACACAGCGCCCGUGCUUGGACUGCGUCCUACCACGAGACAACCUAGCCUCCUUGAACAAUUACUCUUCGUUAGUUUGACCUGCAGUGUUCGGUGAAUGUUGCUUUCGCCUAACCAUCACUCAAUGUUCCUCACGAAAUGACAUAUCUAUAAUGUAUGGUAAAUUUUAGUAAGUAAUUCAUUGGUUCAUUCUUGGUUCACCCCCAUGUAAUGUAUUACAUGUAUCCGCUGGCUGACGUUUGCGUGUAUUUCAUAUUUCAGAUGUACAGUGGUGUGGUCCUCCCAUGUUCAAUGAUUUUCAGCUUUUGGAGUCAGUAAACAUGUCUGUAAAUGUCUUAUGUGUACCACGUGUUAUCGAAUAAAUUCCUCAUGUACAUGGA